GGACAGUGUGGCACACCUGUUCUUAUCAGCGUCACCGUGCACCUGCACAACCCUGAGCCUCCUCCUCAUCCUCUUCCUUCUUCUCUGGCCUUUUGUGACGGGCUGAGCAAACUUCAACAUCUCUGUUCUCUGCAAUGCGUCUCUACCAGAGCACACAGGUCUUACCAAAAAUGGGCCUUCAAAAUAGACGAGACAGAUAUCACUGCCUCGCUGCCUCACCUUGCCAGGGGACUGACAGUCAGCAGCAGCAGGAGGAUGAUGACCUGAUAAAACCCAGAAAGCUGCCAAAUCCCAUCCUGGCAUCUCGUCAGCACAGGGCGCUCCAUCAGGAGCUGAUUUUCUGCCACAGACGAGGUCUGCUGCCGAGAAGGAGGCCGGAGCUGCAGUGUGUCCUGGAGGUCAAACAGAAGGAGCGGCACAGGCAGAGGGAGCUCGCUCUCCAUCCACCCUCCGACCUGGAGGUGAAGCUGCGCUCAAGGCAGCAGAAGAUACUGAAAUAUGAGCUGGAGGAGAAGAAGAGGAGCGAGAGUCUGAAGAAUAUCCCAGAGUUUCUUUAUGUGAGACAAACUCUGAGGCACAUCCCUAAUUCUGUCAAGUGAGGAGCAAAGUAGAACUGUUUGAACGUGUCGUUCACGCUGUAAAAAUUAACAAGCAGGUGCAGCUGAAACAUGAUGUGCAAUCUGGCUGCUGGUAAGCUCAGAAACAGGAUUUUUUUUACACUUUUUAAGCUGAAAAUAACUUAGGGGGGUCAAAGGUGAGGCUUCAAAAACCGUAUGAACUACUUAUUUCAGGUUCAAGUACCAGCAAGACUUUACUGUGACACCAAAGAGAACAUAACUGGACAUAAAUCCUCGCUGUGAGGACUCAAAGCAGGCACGAAAUGAAGUUUUCCUCUGUGAGAGAGUUUAUCAGACAAUAUCUUAUUACUUUUUACUUUUAACUGUUUAGUCACAUUUUAAAUGCACUUUUUUUUUUUUUUUUUUUACAACUAACUUAGAAAAACAAAAUGGCAGAAGUCUAAAUAGAACUUGU